UAUUUAUAAAUUUCAUCAGGUAUCACAUACCCACCGUCUGUACACAUGUGUAAAUAUUUACAUUUUUAUUUACUGUUUAAAAAUAAAAAUUACUUGAUAUUAUAUGACGAUUCAUUUUUGAAUUGUGAAAUAAAAAUUCGUCAUGAAUGAUUUUUCAAUAAAAUUAUCUAUACCUUUUCCUACUGCAAGAGAUGCUGAAAUAGCUUAUCAAGUAUUGAGAGUAGAUAGUGAACCUAAAAGAAGUUGUGUCUCUAAGACUUUAACGGUUGAUAAUCAAAUUUUAAACGUGAAUUUUACCGGCAAAGAGAUCAGAAAAAUAAGAGUUGGUUUAACAUCUUUUUUCGAUAGUCUAACAUUGGUAACUGAAACUCUUAAAGAAUUUGACUCUAGAGAAUUGGAGUACAGUUAUUAUUAAAUAGUUUAUUUAAUUUUAAUUGAAUACAAAACGAUGUCAGAUCACACGCCAGCUCCAUAUAGACCAAGAUCAGUGUAUGGAUAUGCUCUGUUUAUUGGAUCAAAUAUAGUAUUUUUCUUGUACAUCAUUUGGGCUGUAGUGCCAGAUGAAAUCUUACAUGAUUGUUUAGGUCUUACAUACUGGCCUCUUAAA